GCUCAAAAUAGAAUCGUCCAACAUGUCUGCCUUCUGCCAAGUAGACGACGCGUGACUCGUUCGCCAACUUUCAGAGAUAUUACCGGUCUACAUUACUGUAUUCAAGGCCAGUUUUGCCUCGGAAUCUGUCACCAAACACAAAGCAGCACUGAUACAAACUAGGUCAGACUUGGUUCUCUCCAUUGUGUGAGCUGGUCAGAAUUCAACAUGGUGAACAGACCCUUCAAGAACAAGCAGAGCAAGCGACUCACCUGCCAUAAGAAGUACAAGAUCAAGAAAAAGAUAAAGGAGCACAACAGGAAAAUUCGGAAAGCAGCAAAGAAGAAGGGCACUGCAACCAAGGUGUCGAGAGCAAGAAAAGAUCCUGGAGUUCCCUCAGAAGCUCCUUUCAAGGAACAGAUCCUUCGGGAGGCCCAGAAGAGAAAGCAGAAGGCUGAAGAGGAGAGAGAACAGCGCAAAAUCAAGAGACAGAAAAUGUUGGAAAAGAAACGUAAGGCAGAGAAGGCUAAACGAGACGUGGCCAGCCUACAGAAGGAUGCUCUGAAAAGGCAAAAGGCAUUCGAGCAGAAGCAGGCUGCCAUGGAGCAAAUGGAGGUAAAUGCUUCCAGCAAAGGCUUGAAAAGCACAGAGAGUUCACGGAAGGCCUUUUACAGGGAGUUCAGGAAGGUGGUGGAGGCAGCUGAUGUUGUGCUGGAAGUGGUAGACGCCAGAGAUCCUCUGGGUUGUCGCUGCCCUCAGGUGGAACAGUCCAUCCUCGCUGCUGGUCCUAACAAGCGGAUUGUCCUCAUCCUGAACAAGAUAGACCUUUGCCCCCGUGAGAUCGUGGAAAAGUGGCUCAAGUAUCUCAGGAAUGAGUUUCCAACCGUGGCCUUCAAGGCGUCCACCCAGAGUCAGACCCACAACUUGUCACAGAGCAAAGUCCCGGUCAACCUCGCCAACAAAGACCUGCUGACGUCCAGCCGCUGUCUGGGAGCAGACAGCCUCAUGCAGCUCCUCAACAACUACUGCCGCAACAUGAACAUCAAGACCACCAUCUCUGUCGGCAUCAUCGGGCUCCCCAACGUCGGGAAGAGUUCCAUCAUCAACAGUCUGAAGCGUUCCCGCGCCUGCGCCGUCGGCGGGACACCCGGGGUCACCAAGACUCUGCAAGAGGUUCAGAUCGACAAGCACAUCAAGUUGAUCGACAGUCCUGGUAUCGUCAUGACGUCGGGGCUGUCAGACGCCGCCCUCAUCCUCCGUAACUGUCUGAAGGUGGAGAACAUCGCUGAUGUGGUUACUCCGGUCGACGCCAUCCUGCGCAGGUGCAACAAGCAGCAGAUCAUGCUCCAUUACGGCGUUCCGGAUUACGCCAAUGUCCACGAGUUUCUUGCACUCCUGGCCAAACGGCAGGGGAAGCUGAAGAAGGGGGGAGUGCCGGACGUGGACAAAGCAGCCAAACUUGUACUACAGGAUUGGACGAUCGGGAAAAUCACCUACUUCACACACCCUCCAGAGUCCCACAACAUGCCUGUCCAUCUCGGAGCCGAGAUUGUAUCAGAGAUGGGAAAGGCUUUUGACAUCGGCACGAUAGAGAAAGACAUGGACAAGGUCCUCGGAAAUCUCACCAUGGAAACCACCAGUAACAUGCUGGCCAUGGAGUCUAUGGGUCCAAUGGAAGGAACCAUGGAGGAGGAGGAGGAGGAGGAAGAUGAAGAGGAGGAGUUGGAAGAAGAUGAAGAAAUGAGUUCAGAAGAUGGAGAGGAGGAAGAAGAAGAGGAUGAAAUGGAUGAAGAGGAAGACGAAUCCAUCAAGCAUGUACCAGAAAGUAACCUUGCCGAACUGAGCACCAUUUCUGUCAAAGUCAAGGCUAAGGAAAAGAAGUCUGAGCCCGAAUCUGUCAUGAAACAGAAGCCUGGUACCAGCCUUGAGAUCCCCUCCGUGCUCGAGGGAAACCUCCAGCUGGGAAAAGCCGCCAAAGUGGCACAGAAAAGGCGGAAGAAGCAGCAGAAAAGGGCGGACAAGCUGUCGACCCAGCUGUCAGACUCAUUGUCUGCAGCCAUGGACUUUGGUUUGGGAGAGGACGACAGUUACAACUUUGACACAGACUUCCAGUAGACUGGAUAAAUGGAGAUGUAAUACUUGUUUGAGUCUGAUGUAAUGUCCUACUGUAUCUGCUAUUUCACAAAGCUGUAAUGACAUGGCUGAAUUAUCUUAUUUCUUGUUGUCACAUGUAGCAGCCAUGAACCCUGGAAAUCUACAAUAUAUGGUAACAGAAGAUUGACAUAAGAUUGGUUCUGAAGUCAGUCUGUAUGAGGCUCUUUUCAGUUGCAAUACCGAAAAGGGUGCAGAUCAAGAUUCUGAGAUGAAGAAAUAAAGGAAAAAAAAAAAUUUAUUUUUCAGGUAGAAUUUUCUUACAACUGGUUAAUGUGAAGAGGUAUAUUCCUAUGAUCUACAAAUAUGUGUAUACCUUAUUGACAGAUUGAACACUGUAUUUUCUUCAAACGUAGAAAGAUGUCAUUGUCUUAAGUCAACUCAUGUCAAUGUAAGGAUCAGCAAGUCAGACAAGUCUUAAUUAAGAAAAAUGCUUGAAAUAUAAGCGCAGAAUGUAACGUUACAUUCAUAGUGCUGAUAUGAAUCAGGGUUGAAGAUAGUACAAAAAUGUAAUUGAUUUGUGAAAUAGUGUUACAUAAGUAACAUCACUUAAGCUUUGUGAACAUUAUUAAAUGCUAUGAAAAA